AUGUCACAACAGUUCACAUUAAGAUCUCAUAAUUCAUCAAUAACUUUCAUAUAUCCUUCACCAACAUCAUCAUUACAUUUAUAUACUGCUGAUUCAACAGGUUUGAUAAUUGAAUGGGAUUUAAUUACACGACGUCCAGUAAUAACAUGGCAAGCUCAUAAUGAUACCAUACUUUCUAUGUCUACAAUACAUAAUCAUCUUCUAACACAUUCAAGAGAUAAUACUAUUAAAAUAUGGAACAAUACAGAUUGUAUCAUGGAAAUACCAUGUAAUUCAUUGAAUUUUAGUAAUGUCGUUGUCGUACAUGAUGAAAUCUUGAUUACUCCAGCAAGUAUCAAUUCUAAUAAUUUAGAUGUUUAUAAAAUUACAUCAGAUUGGCAACUUACAAGAUUAAUAAGUGAUAUUAAUGUUUAUCAAUUAGUUGAGAAAGGUAUUCAAUUUGAAGAAAUCGGAAGUAGGAAUGAUUACGGGAUAAUUAUGAAAAUUCAUCUUGUGGAUAAUAUAAUAUAUGUUGGAUUUGAAAGUGGUGAUAUUGUUGGAUUAGAAUUAAUUCUUCCAAAACCAAUUGUGAAAGAAAAUUCAAAUAUAGAUAAACUAAUUAUAAAUCAAUCACCUAAAUUAAUUGUAAAAUAUCAUAAUUCAAUUCAUGUUCCAAAUCCAAUUAUUUCCAUGCUGACAUUUCAAGAUAUUUUAGUUUCUGGUUCAACUACUAAUAAAAUUGUAAUACAUAAACAUCCAGUUGAAAUUAUUAAAGUUACCCAUUCAGGAGUUCAAUCCAUAGUCAAUUACAAGAAUGAAAAUUUAAUAAUUGGAUUUUGGAAUGGAGAAAUACGAUAUGACGAGAAUGUGAUUAAACGUGAUGUGCCCAUGAUUCAGAAUAAUGAUAACGAUGAUAGAUCAAAAUCAAUUAAAAAACUAACGUUCAUGACACUACUAGUUCCCCAGAAAGUUGAGUCUACAACUACGGGUAAGAAUAAAUACUCUCAGUUGAUUAGAGGCAAGAAGAUCUUAACCACAGACACUCUACUUGUUGGAUAUGAAGAUGGAAGUAUUGUGGCAUAUAAGGUAUAA